AUGUUCGUGACGAACAAGACCGACGAAUCCGGCGGCUUGGUCGGCAGAUUCGCGGUUACGAGCACCCAAGAAGGAAAAGAUUCGCUUCUGAAUUCCACAACGGUCGACGCCGAAACAUGGCUUCGCUUGGACCCUACCUUUUCUCGCUACGGCUACGGCUACCGGUGGGAAGGCUCGAGGACUGCACAAUUCGGCAUUACCGUUCUGUUGGUGUUGGUCGCGCUGGCCGCCGCGCACUCGCUUUUUGUCCUGUACAAAAUCUCCAUUGCGGGCGCGGGUCUGGUGGAAUACAUGUGCUUGCGUCAAGGCUGCGAUGACGUGGAGCCAAGUCGUCGCUAUCCGAGAAAUAACCCCUAG